AAAGCUAUCAAAAUCUCUCGAAUAGGUAAGAAGCCUAGCUCUAAGCGCCGUGCUAAGCUAGUAUUAAAAAAUAUUAUUAUUAGUAGUAGUAGUGGUGGUGCGCAGCCAGCCGAUCGAUUAGCUGCACUACCGUUACCAUGCUCGCGUUUAGGCCGCCCCAUUAAGCUGCCAAUUAAAUAUUAG